AUGUACGUUCCGGUCGGGAAGCGACCAUACAUCUAUCGCUUCACGAUCCAAGUUGACAACUGUGUGUCUGAAAACAAGAACCACAUAGUGAUCGGCUACCUCGGGUCCCUCGUCGCCCAGGGCAUCAUUGGCGAGGUGGAGGUGCAGUUCAUGCCUGUGGGGCAUACCCACAUCAAGAUCGACCAAGUUUUCUCCAGGUAGGUGUGUGUGUGGAUUGAUCUCUUUGUCUGCAUGCUGACCUAUUUAUUUCUUGCGGAUUAUGGGGGCUUGGCUUCGAUUGCAUCGAACCGCAUGCACUUGCUUUCGGUUUUUCACACGCCGGGUCCGUGGACCUUGUGGGGACGUCGCUACUUGUAGGUACAACAAAGGUUCCUGGCACCGCAAUCGUCGUCGGUAAUUAUAUUGGGCUGAACUAUUCCGGCCUUUCCCAUUCACCGUUGUCUCCAACUAGAUGUGUUUUCCACCCGACUCAUGUGUAUUGUCGUCCUCAGCCUAUUUUGGGUAUAUCUAGUAGAUAGUGUGCCUUUUUUGGGUUCAUGAUGUGUUGUACUGUCUGGCAUUGCCUUCCCGCUCUUGUCCGGUGUUCUGCUGGUUACCCGCUCCGUCCACGACGUCAUGGCCAGUAUGAUGGCGACAUUUCCAUAUGGUGUUGGCUUCUUUACCUUGUGUU